CUCAAAGGAUUCGUUUGUCAAUUUUGAUAUCGAUCAAUCUACAAAUAAAUCUAUGCAGUAUUUAGUACAUUUCUCUACUUUUCUGAUUUCUUAAAUCAACUGCUUGCCAUGAUUUUUGCGAUUUUGUUCUUUAGUAUUUCGAUCUUUCAUCAGGAUGUCGGCGCAACUCCUGAACUCAGAGUCACAUCAUCGUCAACUGACAGCAGUAACUCCUCUUCCCUGAUAAUCUACUUUGAGGCAGGGUGUCCCCCCUGUGACCAUUUUUUCUCAGAAGUUCUUAGACCAGCUUACUACGAAGUGCAGAAUAUUCUGAAGUUGGAGUUUGUGCCCUUCGGAAACGCAAAGAGUGAGUAUUGGGCCGAGUACGACAGAUAUGGGUUCUCUUGUCAGCAUGGAAUCGAGGAGUGUGCUUCCGGUAUAUUCAUGGCGUGCGCUGUGACCACAUCUACUAACUAUGACCAAUUAGUGGACCUCAUCUUAUGCACUAUGGGCUAUUCUGACUUCACUGGGGGAGCAUACUAUGCAUGGAACUUCUGUUCCACCUUUUCAGGGGCAGAUUAUGACGCCAUAAUGGAGUGUUUGGCGGGAAAGGAUGGAGAGACUGCGUUUAUCCAGAUGCAGAAUAAAACACUUGCAAAUAGUGAUUACGAAGGAACGCCUUGGGUCAAUUUCAAUGGGGACAGUUCGAGUGGUGUUCAGUCUUCAAUAACAAAAGACAAAGCCACCUUUAUCAAGACUGUCUGCCACUCUGUCGAUCAGAGCUACUGGCCCACAGUUUGCACUCAAUGAAGGAGCACACAGAAGCUGAUGAUACAAAAUGAACCGUAUACAAAUCUCGCGCAGGAAAUCUCCAAUAUACUCUAUUUGGUCGAUGAAAACAAAAAUUCUAAUCAUAAUUUUUCAUUUAAAAAAAAUUUUAUAUCCUACAUCUUCGUACAAAUUCAUAUGAACAGAAAUUUGUUUGAAACCACUAUGAUGCCCAUUUUUCAUGUAUGAAAAUUGUUAGAUAAGUAGUUUGCUAUACAUGAAUUUUGCAUGA